UCUGAUGGAGGACAGUACUGGUGCAGAGCUGGGAGAGGAGACCCAGUCUACUACACCCUGUACAGUGACCCAGUCCAGAUAAACAUUACUGUUGUCUGUGUUGUGUCUGUGCAGAGAGACCUGUUGCUGUUCUGACCCUCCAACCCAACUGGACCCAGAUAUUCAUUAGAGAGACUGUUACUAUGAGAUGUGACAUACAGGGAGGAGGAGACUCUGACUGGAACUACAGAUGGUAUAAAAAUAGUCAGUUAUUCAUCCCCUUUAACACAAAGCCUGAGUACAGAAUCAGUCCUGUCUACUGGUCUAACAGUGGUUCAUAUACCUGUGAGGGUGUAAAGGGAAACAAGUUCUCCAAGAUCAGUGAGGCUGUAAAACUGACUGUGUCUGAUCAACCUCAACCUGUCCUGAGUAUCUCUCCUCAGUGGCUGAACCCUGGAGACUCGGUGUCUCUGAGCUGUGAAGUUGACAAGACGUCUACAGGCUGGAGGUUCUCCUGGUACAGGACUGUUCCCUACAGAGCAGGGUUACCCUCCCUAUCAGACAAGUCUUACUCUCUACAGCCCCUAUCUGACAAUGGGACUAGUGAAGACUCCUACACUCUGAUCCCUGCUGGUCCUACUCCCACAGGAGAAUAUGUGUGUAGAGCUGGGAGAGGAGACCCAGUCUAUGACACACUCUACAGUGAACCUCAGUUUCUCUGGUCAGGAGAUCUGCAGCCUUCAGUGUCUCUUACAGUAAAUCCCAACACAACUCAACACUUUACAUCAAAGUCUCUCUCACUGAUCUGUGAGCUGAAGGGGAACUCUACUGGAUGGAGACUGAAGAGACACACUGAGACAGCAUGGCGGUCAGAGUGUCCAUCUACCUGGAGAUCAAUAACAGAAUCCACCUGCACCAUCACAUCAUUGACAACAUGGUACAGUGGAGUGUUCUGGUGUGAGUCUGGAUCAGGAGAGAACAGUAAUGCUGUCAACAUCACAGUAAAUGAUGGUGAUGUGAUCCUGGAGAGCCCUGUCCAUCCUGUGACUGAAGGAGACACUGUGACUCUGACCUGUACAUUUAGACAUCAGGGAACAAAUCCUAAACUCAAUACUGAUUUCUACAAAGAUGGAACACUCAUCAAGAAUGAGACCACAGGAGAGAUGACCAUCCCUACAGUAUCCAAGUCAGAUGAAGGAUUCUAUAAGUGUAAAUCUGGUGAAGGAGAAUCACCAGAGAGCUGGGUGACAGUGAGAGACCCUCCAGGUUCUGUUGUCUCCAUCUCUCUGACCAGGCUGCUGUGUGGUCUACUGGUGAUGUCUCCCUUUCUACUGGUGUCCAUUGUGCUGACGGUGAAAUGCUGCAGGGCUCGAGGUUUGUGUUCAACAGUCAAAUCUCCUCAAGACCAGAUACCAUGUGAUGAUGUCAUCGAACAGAACGAAUCCUUAGUGUGAUCAGUACAGUACGAACUGUAAGCUGAACAACCACUGUAUGAUUGUAAAGUUUUUACCAUUGACAUAUGAUAGUGUUUUACUGAGUUUAAUAUCACUGAAUGGAAUUUCACAAAUGCUGAAUUUUAUGAUUUUGUAAGUUGACGUUUUCAGCUUUCGGUGGAUUGUAAGCUUCCCUUUGUUAUUGAUGAUUGAUGUAGAUUUUUUUAUAUUACGCUUACCUCUUUAUUUCAGUUUGUUAAUUAAGAGUGUAGUGUAUUUUUUACAAUUAAAAGUCAAAUGUGUUGUAUUUUAAA